AUGGACAACACCAACGAGUCUCAGUCUUCGGAGGGCAACCAGUCAAGACAGAGACAGCAAGGAUCUCCUGAACAACUUGAACAACCUGAACAAGCAUUGGCUUCAGCAACAGCUGCAGCUGCAGCUGCAUCUCCCCCUGCAUCGGCGCCCUCGCACUUUCCUGACAAGCUCAUGGCGCUCCUGGAAAAGAAGGUGGCGCCGGACGCUGUCUGGUGGCUACGAGACAUGGGAAAAAUCAAGGGCGCCUUUGCUAUCAACCGAAGAGUCUUCACCAAGAAGGUACUGGACACUGCUUUCAAUGGCAAUAAGUGGCCCAGUAUCACACGAAACUUCAACCGGUGGGGCUACCGUCAAGUAUCUUAUCCAAACUUGCCCUCGCACACAACUGCCUACCAGCAUCCUCUAUUCCAACCAAACAGACCCGACCUACUCAGGACCAUGACCCAGAACAAGUCACAAGCCAAGGCGGCUGCUCAGGCACUCGAGAGAAAGAUUGCCUCGGAGAGCAGCACUGGCAUUGUCACUGGCCCCGCCACUUCGGCUACCUCACCUACUGCACCCAGCCCCACUGGAAGUGAGUCUCGGCAGCUAAUGCCACCCCCCAUGGAAUCUCCCAGUAACAGUCAUACUUGGAGACCCCCGCCUUUGGACAGCACUUUGGAGACACCUACAUCGUUGGGAUCCAUACAUCAGCAACCUCCGAGGGCAUCAGGUCCUGCUGCUGCAGCCUCGGCAUCGUCCAGUAUGCAGAGACUGUCUCGGUCGCUGCCACACAGAGGAAGCCACAACACUCCUUCCACGCAUCAAACUGCAGCACAACCACAACCACAACCACGUCCGAGGGAGGGAAGCAGCAGCUCCAGCAGUGGUGCCUCGUCCUUUGACCUAUUCCCUAACCAGCAAUUGCAAGAUGUCCUCCUCCCAAACAUGAAUAUGGAUUCACAAGCCAUGCUGCAGUCCGUUCUCGCUCGACAGGAAGAAAUGGGGACUGUUCCUCACGUCAACCCCGUCAUCCCACAACUUUCACCUCUCCUCCAAAGGGCUCCCCUGUCCCCCACAGUCCAGGCCAAUGUUCCACCUCCACCGGAUCUAUUGGCAGAUCAUCAAAUUUUAAUGCAGAAUGAACAGGAACAUCAACAUCAACAUCAACAGGCAAACAAUAAUAAUAGCUUGCUGCACCAACAAGAUGAACUUCUUCUACAGCAACAGCAGCUACGGCGGUUGGAGCAACAACACCAAGAGCGGCUUCAGCAGCAAUUGAUGUUGAUCCAUCAGGGUCAUUCGGCUUUACAACAGCAACAACAACUGCCAGCAGUGCAUGCCGUCCCACAACAGGGUGGACAGGUAUCCCUUACCCUGUGGCAGCGGCACCAGCUGCAGCAACUGCAACAACAGCAACAGGGUAUCUGUAUCAAUAGUCUUAACAACAUUCCCGCCCGCAUGGACAUUUCACUCCAAGGACUCGAACAGCAGCUCAUGGAAAACACACUUGCUGCGAGCGGACAGCUACAGCUGGACACAGCAAACGCGGCAGCAAUCGCACAAGCCCCGCAGCAACAGCAACAAGUUCAAGACGGGACACCCCCGGAGCAACAAGAACAACUCAUAACACAGAUACUACUAGAGAGGCAACGACAGCAGCAAGAGCAAGAUCGAGAAGCUCAAGAUGGUUGCGGUCAGCAAUAG